AUGAACAGGCACGUCCUGGAAAAGGGCUACUCUGCCUACCCUAUCGGCUCGGCCUUCUCCAUUUCACCAAACAGAUUCCAGCCUCGCUCCCAACCUGCCCUCCGACGUCGCCGACAGCUUUUCCAGCGACUAUGCCUCCUCGCUGGAGUGUCCCUGGUCCUCGUUCUCCUCAUCUUCCCUUCCUGGCGCGCCGCCAUCCUGCCGACGAUCUCGCUCGGUCUACUCUCCUCCACCGAAGAUCUCCAUCUACAAACGGUCCGGUAUUAUGAUUUAUCGCAAGUCCAGGGCUCGGAAAAGGGCUGGGAACGCGGAGAGCGUGUCCUGAUGUGCACCCCGCUGCGGGAUGCCGCGUCGCAUCUCCCAAUGUUCUUCUCGCAUCUGCGGAACCUCACAUACCCCCACAACCUGAUCGAUCUGGCUUUCCUGGUGUCUGACUCCCAGGAUGAAACCCUGGGUAUGCUGUCGCACAUGCUGGAAGAGGUGCAGAAUGACCCGGACCCGACGAUGUCGUUUGGCGAGAUAUCAGUGAUCCAGAAGGACUUCGGACAAAAGGUCCAGCAGGAUGUGGAAAGUCGCCAUGGAUUCGAGGCCCAGGCCAAUCGUCGCAAGCUGAUGGCGCAGGCUAGGAAUUGGUUGCUGAGUGCGACUUUGCGCCCGACUCAUAGCUGGGUCUAUUGGAGAGAUGCGGACGUGGAGACCGCCCCGUUUACUAUCAUUGAGGACUUAAUGCGGCACAAUAAGGAUGUCACUGUUCCUAAUGUUUGGCGACCGCUUCCGGAUUGGCUGGGUGGAGAGCAGCCGUAUGACCUGAAUUCAUGGCAGGAAUCGGAAACUGCCCUGGCGCUGGCAGAUACUCUAGACGAGGAUGCCGUGAUCGUGGAAGGAUACGCCGAGUACGCUACGUGGCGGCCUCACCUCGCCUAUCUCCGCGAUCCCUAUGGUGAUCCGGACAUGGAGAUGGAGUUGGACGGCAUCGGCGGUGUCAGUAUCUUGGCCAAGGCUAGGGUCUUCCGUGCAGGUGUCCAUUUCCCGGCAUUUAGCUUUGAAAAGCACGCCGAGACCGAAGGGUUUGGCAAGAUGGCCAAGCGUAUGAAGUUCUCGGUCAUUGGACUGCCACAUUAUACUAUUUGGCAUCUUUAUGAGCCUAGCGUUGAUGAUCUCCGGCACAUGGAAGAAAUGGAGCGGGAGCGAUUGGCUCGCGAGCGGGAAGAACAGGAGCGCGCUGAACAAAAGGAUGGCACCCAGUCCAAGCCCCAGGACUCGGGCACCGACGGUGAAUUCGUGAAAGGAUCCGCCGAUGGCCCAGCUGCCCGACCCGAAAAGGAUGCAAAAGAUCAUCAAGAGUCUUCCCAGCAAGUUGAGAAGACCCAUAACAUCCCAAAAAUGAAGCGAUGA